GCGCAGUUGAACUCAUCAAGUCCGACUCUCGGGUCCUGAGAGGCAGAGAGAGACGGAGCGAGGAGGCGCGAGAGGCUGAGCGAGCCGCACUCACCGCUGUCCAGCCCCCCCCGCACCCCCCUCACCGGGAACAAGCGCACGCGACCCCCCGCGCGCCGCACCGGGACCUCAGCGCGACCCGUCCCGGAGACAGCGGCACGAGCGGGCCCGAGUUUUCUCGAAUUCUGUAAUAAGAAUAAAACUCCGGCGGACCUGCGAAAAGCCGCUGUUUGCGACGGAGUGCGAGAUGAGAAUUUCUGGAGCCCGGCACGGCUCCCUGGCUCUGCUGCUGGCGGCCGCGGUCAGCACAGCGCACGUCUCCGCCCUGGGCUCCGCGGGGCACCGCUCGUCCAUCGAGAGGACGUACGAGCUGACCAAGUACCUGGAGCACCAGCUGAGAGACAUCAAGCACACCUACUUGAGUUACCUUGGUCCUCCAUUCAGUGACCCCGAUUUCGCUCCCCCUCGCCCAAACUCCAGUGCUCUGGCCCUGCCCAGCGCCGCCACCCGCUUCGAGCUGUGGAAGGGGCUGGAGAACCGGGCCCGGCUCCUGCAGAACCACCGGGCCUACAGCCUGCUGCUGGGCGCGGUCCGGGAGCUGGCCCAGUCCACCGUGUGUCCGUACCUGCAGAGGUCCCUGCUGCAUUUCUGCACCGGCCUGGACGGGCUGCUGGGCAGCAUCUCGGGGCUCCUGACGGCCCUGGGGUACCCUCUGCCCCCCACCGAGCCCCCCGCCCCUGGGGCGCCGGACCCGGAGGGGGGUGACAGCGAGGAGGGGGCGGGGCCGCUGGCCUGGGGGGGCAGGCGGGAGCGAGGGCUCAGCGCGGACCGGAUGUGGGGCGCGCCCCUGCGUGAAGGCGAACUGCUCUUGAAUUUAGGGGAUCAGUUAGAGAAUCAGCCCGCUCCCUCCGAGCGACACACCUGCGCCGCUAAAUCCCCGGCCGACACCUGGACCGUCGAGAUCACAGACCGGGCUGGCGUGUCCUCCCACAGUGGGGGGAGACAGGAGACGCGAUCGCGCGACGUGAGCUUGACCGCCACGGCGCACACAGAAGAGACGCCGGGCGAAUUCCUCUGCGGUUUGGACGCUGUGGAGGGCCGCUGA